AUGGCCGCAGAUGCGUCGGAAAGGAAGGCUCUGAGAUACAAGCAAACCCUGCUCUAUGGGGAGUACCAAGAGAACCAGGGAGGCUCCGGGAGACGGGAGGCCACACGCCUGCUGACUGAGAGACAGAUCAAGAAACAUGGAAACCACCCUCGCAGCCACGGCAGGACAAGACAUGGCCGACGUAGCCAUGGUCAGAAUGGAUAUCACAGCAGACAUCAGCUUGGCUAUUACAGCAGGCAGAGGAGGCGUCAGUCCGCCAUGGACACCGAGGGCAAAGAGCAGGAUCAAACUGCUGAACCCGACCCCACGUCCUCCACGAAAAAGAAACGCUCCUACUCCAAGUGUAGAGACUGCAUAGCACGGGUGCAGCGAUUCCUGGUGACCAGGUUGGGAGAAGACUGGAUCUUCCUCAUUAUGCUGGGCAUCACAAUGGCGCUGGUCAGCUGGACAAUGGACUAUGCCAGCGCAAAAAGCCUGCAAGCCUAUAAAUGGAUUUAUGGGGAGCUGAAGGGGAAAAUCGCCUUGCAGUACCUGGCCUGGGUUUCAUAUCCCCUGAUCUUCAUCCUGUUCUCCUCCCUCUUCUGUCACCUGGUCGCUCCUCAGGCUAUUGGUUCUGGCAUCCCAGAGCUGAAGACCAUCCUGAGAGGCGUGGUGCUGAAGGAAUAUCUAACUCUCAGGGCCUUUGUUGCUAAAGUCAUCGGUCUGACGGCUGCCCUGGGCAGCGGGAUGCCUGUAGGCAAAGAGGGCCCGUUUGUCCACAUCGCCAGUAUCUGUGCUGUCGUUCUCAGCAGGUUCAUGUCCUUCUUUUCAGGAGCUCAGAAUCCAUACUGUUACACAGACAUCCUGACAGUGGGCUGUGCUGUCGGGGUGGGCUGCUGCUUUGGGACUCCACUUGGAGGUGUGCUCUUUAGUAUAGAAGUAACAUCCACAUACUUUGCUGUGAGAAACUACUGGAGAGGAUACUUUGCUGCUACAUUUAGUGCCUUCAUAUUCAGAGUGUUAUCCGUGUUCAACAAAGAUGCAGUAACCAUCACUGCUCUGUUCAGGACAAACUUCCGCAUGGAUUUCCCUUUUGACCUGCAGGAGCUGCCUGCCUUCGCCAUCAUUGGGAUCUCCUGUGGGUUCUUGGGGGCGUUCUUCGUCUAUCUCAACAGACAGGUGGUGCUGUUCAUGAGACGCCCCAACGCCAUGACACGCUUCCUCACCAAACACCGGCUGAUUUUCCCUGCUGUGGUAACACUGGUCAUCGCCACCCUGACCUUCCCACCUGGGUUUGGACAGUUCAUGGCAGGAGAGCUGAUGCCAAGAGAGUGUAUCAACUCCCUGUUUGACAACUUUACGUGGACAAAGAUUUCGGGGUCUUCUCCUCCGGUGGGUCUGGGCCUCUCCGCCGCCUGGCUUCACCCUGACGUCAGCGUCUUCGUCAUCCUGCUGCUCUUCCUGUUCAUGAAGUUCUGGAUGUCUGCUGUGGCCACCGCCAUGCCCAUUCCAUCUGGGGCAUUCAUGCCUGUCUUCAUACUGGGAGCUGCAUUCGGCAGGCUGGUGGGAGAGAUCAUGGCCACACUGUUUCCUCAUGGGAUUGUGUUCGAUGGCAUCCUUUACCGCAUCAUCCCAGGAGGGUACGCAGUCAUUGGAGCGGCAGCUUUGACCGGGGCUGUGACUCACACGGUGUCCACGGCGGUGAUCUGCUUUGAGCUGACAGGUCAGAUCUCCCACAUCCUGCCCAUGAUGGUGGCAGUAAUCCUGGCCAACAUGGUGGCCCAGGGCCUGCAGCCCUCCCUGUACGACUCCAUCAUCCAGGUCAAGAAGCUGCCGUACCUGCCGGAGCUCGGCUUCGGACACAUGAGCCAGUACAACAUCUUUGUAGAAGACAUCAUGGUGAGAAGGGUGAAGUUUAUUUCAUCUCAGUCCUCGUACAGAGAAGUCAAACAUCUGCUGGACUCCUCCUCAAUCAAUUCAAUCCCACUGGUCGACUCAAAAGACUCUAUGAUCCUAUUGGGCAGCAUUGACAGGUUGGAGCUCCUCGCUCUCUGUGAUUGGUGGUUAUCGCCAGAGAGAAGACUCCUGAUGCAGGGUCAGAGCAUACAGGAGCAGAACCAGUCCCAGGAGCACAGCUGGGAGUCCUUCGCCUAUGUAGAUGAGGAGGAAGAGGAGGAAGAGGAGGACGGAGAGAAGGGCAGCCCGGUGCAGGAGGAGAGGAACGGCCCCCUGCCCCCCCCCAAGCCUCACGAGCCGUCCUCCAACCACACUGCUCCUGUCCCUGAGAAAGGUCCUCUCCAGUCUGUGAGGAAAACACUCAGGAACCUCUUCACCUCUAAGAGCAGACAGACCGAAGGACAGUCGCAGGAGCCCUGUCCUGCUCCCCUGUCAGACCCAAUGACACCAUACGAGAUCACGGUGUGGGAAGAGGAGGAGAUGGACAAGCCGAUGGAAAUCGAUGAGAUACGAAUAGACCCCUCCCCUUUCCAGCUGGUCGAGAGAACAUCAUUACACAAGACCCACACCCUGUUCUCACUGCUGGGGCUCAGUCACGCCUAUGUGACCAGUAUUGGCAAACUGGUGGGAGUGGUGGCACUUAAAGAGCUCCAGAAGGCCAUCGAGGGCUCCACCCGCUCUGGCGUCCGGCUCCGUCCUCCGCUCGCAAGCUUCCGCAAACACAGCUCUGCCCCUAAACCUCCACCUUCUUCUUCCACUGCUCCCUCCUCUCCGACCUCCACCUCCUGUCCCUUAGCUCUCCCUGUUCCCCAGCCUCCACCCCUGUCUCCCCCUCACCAUCAGCUCCACAUCCACGAGACUGAGACGGAGGUGUGGAUCGAGGGCGUGACCUUGGAGGUGGAGGAGAGCAGCAGCUACACCACGGGGAGCGGCCCCGGGGCCUGCAGCUCUCCCAGAACCAGUUGCAGCGACAACAGCAACGUCACCCUCCCUCCAUCCACCCCUCCUCCCCCGGUCCCUCCCCCCUCCACUCCUCCUCCUUCUCCUUCUCCUCCUCCUUCUCCUUCUCCUUCUCCUUCUCCUUCUCCUUCUCCUUCUUCCACCUCCAUCCCUCCCUCCACCCUGACACCCUUACAGAGACUGCUUGAGGGGGAUGAAGACAGUGAUGAUGAGCCAAUGGUGUAGAGUAGAAAAGAGUGAUGGUCAUGUUUUUUUUAUAAUGGAAAACUUUUUUAAUGGUCUGAGUUUUGUUUCAGUUUCUUAACUUGUUGCUCUGGUCUUUGGACACUCAUUUACCUCUCUUUGUCGCUGUUUAUGUAGAGUAAAGAUUUCAGGCAUCAUUUCUUAAUUUUGUAAGUUUAUCCCUCCCUACCAAAAAACUUCUACUAUACAAAUACUUAACCUGCCUCACUUAUUCUUUCUCUCUCAAUGUUUUUCAUUUCUCAAGAUUCAACCAAUUUGAGUUUAUAUUCUCUGGACUGAAGUUGAUGUCAUUGUUUUUUCUUAUCCAAACAAAGCCCAGAAUUCAAUAUUACAUUUUUCGAAUAACAUUUUUAAAUCAUGAUAAAGUCAUUCUACAGAGGAAUACAUGUAGAAUACACUUCUAUAUGUUGCAUUUUGAUGGAUUAGACACCUCUUUAUGCCACAGUGCUCUCCAGGUAAAACAUAUGCUGCAUAUUUUAGUUUUUAUAAACACAAUAUACUCUUUAAACAGUAAUCUAUUCUUGUAUUCACACAAGAAUACUAGCUCUCUCGUAACCUGUGUCUAUAUAGCAGGAGCUAUUGAUUUUGAAACUGGCAGCAGACCAUCUGUAUAGCAGCAGACUUAAGGAGCUGUGCAGUCUGUGUUGAAAACGACCUCCACAUUGUGUGCUGACCUUGUGGCUGCGGCCUCACAGCUCAUCGCGGUCAGGUUGAUGGAAAGUGCAGCUAAAGGCGGCUAACGAGGGACAAACCGCUGUAAACUGGAGGUCCUGGAGAUUAUUUCCCCCUCGUGUUCCCUAACAAAGAAAACGUCCAGAUGUUGUUCACACGUGACUUCUCUUAAUUAAUU